GCGGCGCCUGGAGCCGGCGGGGCCCGGAGUCACCGUGUCACGGCGCCCGGGAAGCCGCCGCCGCCGGAUCCGCCCCCCGCGAAGCGAAGGAGGGAGGGAGGAGGAGCGGGAGGAGGGGAGGGAGGCCGGCUCCUCGCCGUCUCUUGUAUAUUUGCCCCCUUUCGGCCCUCCCCCCGGACCCGCUCCCCUCGCACCGGAGCUCCGUGCGCGCGGCGGCGGCGGUGGUGGCGGCAGUGGUGGCGGCGGGGGGCCAGGCCGCAGCGGCGCCCAAGCAGCCCGCGGGAGCCCCGGAACGGGCCUGGGCCGCCGCCUCCGGACUAGGAUGUCCCGACAUGAAGGUCAGAUUUGGUCUUCCCCCAUCACUUCUGCUAUGUCCUGGUGCCAGAUUCUUUUUGGGAGGCAAUGUUUCUUGUCUUGACUGACAAGAGGUGCUGUCUCUGGUGUCAGCUGCGAUGCAUGUUUAAAAGGAAAUUUUCGAGGUCGACGAUUCAAGUGCUUAAUUUGCUACGAUUACGAUCUGUGUGCAACUUGUUAUGAAAGUGGUGCAACAACAACGAGGCAUACAACUGACCACCCCAUGCAGUGCAUACUAACAAGAGUAGAUUUUGAUUUGUACUAUGGUGGAGAAGCUUUCUCUGUAGAGCAGCCACAGUCUUUCACUUGUCCUUAUUGUGGAAAAAUGGGUCAUACAGAAACAACUCUUCAAGAACAUGUUACUUCUGAGCAUGCGGAAACAUCAACAGAAGUGAUUUGUCCAAUAUGUGCAGCAUUACCUGGAGGGGAUCCUAAUCACGUCACAGAUGACUUUGCAGCUCAUCUUACACUGGAACACAGAGCUCCUAGAGAUUUAUAUGAUGAAUCCAGUGGUGUUCGGCAUGUACGUCGAAUGUUUCACCCAGGUCGGGGAUUGGGGGGCCCUCGUGCACGUAGAUCAAACAUGCACUUUACUAGCAGUUCCCCUGGAGGGCUUUCAUCUUCUCAGAGUUCGUAUUCUCCAAGCAAUAGAGAAGCCAUGGAUCCUAUAGCUGAGCUUUUAUCUCAGUUAUCAGGCGUGAGGCGUUCUGCAGGAGGACAGAUCAAUUCCUCUAGCCCUUCUGCUUCUCAGUUACAGCAGCUGCAGAUGCAACUGCAGUUGGAACGACAACAUGCACAAGCAGCGAGACAACAACUGGAGACUGCACGCAAUGCAACUAGACGCACCAACACGAUCAAUGUCAACACCACUAUUACACAAUCUGCAACAACAACCAACACAUCUAACACGGAAAACAGUCAGCAGACUAUCCAGAAUUCCCAGUUUCUUCUUACAAGGUUGAACGAUCCGAAGAUGUCGGAAGCGGAGCGUCAGUCAAUGGAGAGCGAACGGGCGGACCGCAGCCUGUUUGUUCAAGAGCUUCUACUGUCCACUCUGAUGCAGGAAGAAAGUUCCUCCUCAGAUGAGGAUGAGAGGGGGGAGAUUGCCGAUUUUGGUGCUAUGGGCUGUGUAGAUAUUAUGCCUUUAGAUGUUGCUUUAGAAAACCUAAAUUUAAAAGAGAGUAAUAAAGGAAACGAGCCUCCUCCACCUCCUCUUUGAUGACAUCCCACUUUGCAGACAAUGUCCUCUGUGCUGUAUUUGCCAAUGAAAGUGGACAACAACUAUCUUGGGUUUGUUUUGGUGAUUGUAAUUUCAGGUCUGUCACUCUUGUUACGUUGUGUACAUUAAAAAGAAAGAGAGAAAAGAUAUAUAUGAUAAUCAUUUCCACUUAACUAAUUUUUACUUCUAGCAGGUAAAUGUAGGUUGUGGUGCAGAGCAAAAGGCUCUGUGUCCUGUACCUUGACAUGCAAAGGCUCUCCUAAUACUCCACAUUCAAACUGAAGAGGAAAAAAUGAAAAAUCUCUAAUGAAGCUGCUGUGUGUAUUUAUGAAUAUUAAUGAAUAAAAAAUGCUUGGAUGGUUUACCUUAACUACUGCAUGACGUUUUUUGCAGCGUGCAUGAGUUUUAGUGACCUUGUCAUUUAAAAAUUUAAAUACAAGGAAGUAAAACUAUAAAACCCAAAGCUUUCCCAUUAUUCAGAGGUUACCUAACAAAAAGGUUAGCGUGGCUGGUAGCCACAAAGUAGCUUUUGAAUAAUAUGUGACAGAAUGACAUCUUACGUGCUGUUCUGCACAGGAUGGAAACUGCAGUGGGUUGUAUUGUCGUGACCAGGCUGUGGCAUUUUGCUGUAUGUGAUCACUCUGUUGCCCUGUCGGCCGUCGCGUCACUGUGGAGUUGAACUGCAUUUUAUGCAUCCGUAGGAGACACAACAAUAAGGCCACUGCUGGAAGCUACUGCAAAGGGCUUUUGUGUGCCCUGAAAUCAAAUGAUGUUCACUUUUGUUUAAAGUUUGUUUUCUGUGGUUGUUAAUUUUUUUACUGUUAAACAUGUUUUAUUCAGGUGUAGAUGAUUCAUAUAUUCACUAUGUUGGUUUUUUUUUUUUUUUUUUAAAAGAAAAAGUUAACCUGGAACAUGUUGUCUUAGUUUAAAAAGCCUUUCACAGCCUCGAUCAUAUUUUGAGUUAUUUAUGUAUUCUCUUCAUAGUUUGCAGAGACCUGGUAGUAUCAGGAGAGCUUGAGGAUUUGGAUCCCCAGAUUGUUCGUAUAUUGCAAACAAAUUAUUAAUGCUAACUUUAGCACCUUCUAUUUAUUGUUUCUUUUGGUUACUUUUGCUGGUGUAAAAAAAAAAAAAAAAAAAAAAAAAAAAAAAGUUUUAAAAGCCUUUUAGUGGAAUUGUGCCACCUCUAUGCCUAUACUGCUAGCCUUCCUGGUCUAAACAAAAAGUGCAGUGUUCUGUGCAUCCAUAACAGCCCCAAGGCAGGGACAGAAAGAGUGUUUGGUUUUGGCUUUCUUUCCUCUUUUGUUUUGUUCUGUUUUUCUAAAUGUAAAGUUAGAUUAUAAAAACAGAAGUGCACACAGCUUCAGAUAUUAAAAAAAAAAAACAAACAAAAAUAACAAAGAAACCAUAGGCUUAUCUCAUAAUGUCUUCCCAGCCUUUUUCACCUCCCCCCGCUCUCUUUCUCUGUCCAUCCAUCUCUGCAGCACUGCUAGCAUUAGAGUAAACUUACAGACAUGAACGCCGGGUGGUGUUCCCAGCACAACUGUGACGUGUAUGCUAAUCCAAAAUAACUGCAGCAAAAGAAGUGACCCUGUGUACUGACUUCAAGUUCAUCUUCUUUUUUUUAAAUCCUCAAAUCCUGACUGUUUCCCCCUCGAGCAGUACUAGCUUUGUUUUCUUUUAGUCUCUGCAACAGAAAAUGUUUGGAGGAGAACUUCACCUAAGCCCUCUGGUUAUCCCUAAGGUUACCCCAACUAGGGAUUUUUUUUUUUUUUUUUUUUUUUUUGAUUGAUUGUUGAGGAUUUUCAAAAGAUUUUCAAGCUGUAGUCUUUACAACCACAUCUUCUGCACAUUACAGUAAGACACACGGUUCAAUAAAGCAUUUUCAAGACUGUUGCUUGCUUGAUUUUCUUUGUUGUUGAUGUGUUAUGCACAGUUUUGCUCCAGAAUUUUCUGAACUGUCCACUGUGGCUGUAUACGAGGUCAUGUAGAAGUGCUGGGCAAUUCAUGUGCAUGCAGUUAGCAACUCGCACACUGUGGCAGAUGAAGAGGGCUGCAAUCCCAACCUCCCCACAGGUAGGUGGAUCCAACUUUGCAUAAGAAAAAAGUUUGCGUAGAGCAGACUCUCCUCAGCGUGAGCCCUGACUGCAUGUGUGGCUGCUCUCUUAACAUGAGCAUCAUUUCUGGACUCCACUUAGGGGGUGUAAACCAAUAUUGUCUGUGCUCAGAAGCAGAGCAGAUGGAGACCAGCAGUUUAAGGUAUGCCUAGGCAAGGCCCAUAACCAGUGGGUUAAAAGAAAACAGUCAACCACCUCCUGCCAUCUCAGGCCAAGGAGAACGCUUGGAGUUCAGUGGAGCCUGUGUGUUCAUCCAUCACUAUUAUUCACGGACUCUUUAAAUGGCAAAGAGAUGCGCUUGAAGGGUGGGGAAUUGGUUGGAAGGCUGCAGCCAGAGCGUUGUGUGGGUAGCUCGACGUCCAGGUGGAGGCUGGUGAUGAGUGGUUUCCGCAGGGCUCUGUCUUGGCACCAGUGCGCUUCAGCGUUUGUAUCAAUGACGUGGGAUUGAGCGCACCCUCAGCAGUUUGCUGAUGGCUCCAUGCUGAGCUAUACAGAUACAGAUACAGUAGAAGAAAGGGAUGCCAUCCAGAGGGACCCAGAUGUAAUUAAACAAGGCCAAGUGCAAGGUGCUGCACUUGGGCUGAGGCAAUGCCAGGGAUGAGCACGAACGGGGGGAGCUCCUUGGGAGCAGCCUUGCCAAGGACUUGGGAGUCUGAAACUGACAUCAGCCAGCAGUGUGUGCUUGCAGACCAGAAGGCCAACAGUGUCCCGGGCUGCAUCAGCAGAGGGGUGGCAGCAGGGAGAGGGAGGGGAUUGUCCCUCUCUGCCUUUGUGAGGCCCCACUUGGAGUACUUCAUCCACGUAUGGGAAAGCUAUGGAGCUCUUGAAGGCGGUGCAAAGAAGGCCAUGAAGAUGCUCAGAGGGCUGCAGCCUCCCCUCUGAAGACAGGUUGAGGGAGCUGGUCUUGUCCAGCCUGGAGAAGGUUGUGGGGAGACCUCAUUGCAGCAUUCCAGUAUUUAAAAAGAGAUUUAUAAACAUGAGGGAAAUGAAUUUUUUUUACAUGCAUUCAUAGUGAUAGGACAAAGAGGAAUGAUUUUAAACUAAAGGAGGUAAGAUUUAGAUAGACAGGGAAGUUUUCACUCAAGAUGGCAAGGUGCUGCAACAGGCUGCCCAGAGAGGUGGAUGCCUCAUCCCUGGAGGCUUUUAAGGCCAGGUUGGAUGGGGCCCUGGGCAACCUGACCUAGUACCUGAUCUAGUGGUUGGCAACCCUGCCUGCAGCUGGGGGGCUGGAACCUGAUGAUCUCUGGGGCCCCUUCCAGCCCAAACCAUUCUAUAAAACUGGUGGAAGUGCUUACAAAGGUUUUGAAUGUGCAGCUUCACAUCUGGGCAACAGCGCUUUGCUGGGCCCAUCAUCAGCUGAGUUGUGCCUUGAGCAGUGGCACACAGCAUUCCUCACACUGCUGGCAAGGAAGCAGUUCAGCCAGAUGUUGGUCCGGAGCAAGCAAGACUGCAAAUGAGUGCGUUUGGGGCAGGUGGAAGGCACGUUUUCAUUACCAAAAUAGCAGCUGAGAUACAUAGGCUUAUUUGAUGGUGCAAGGGAAGCAAGUCAGCAAGCUGAGUGUCCACUGGCAAUUUGGAAUUCCACCAUCUUCUAAUCAGGAUGUGUUUUAAACUCCUGUGAUCUGCUUUAAUCAAGAGCUUUUUCUGUUUCACUUCCUCUCCUGUCCUUUACCCUGGCCCAUCUGAGCCUCGCUUCACCCACAUAAAUAGGAUGUGGAGCUGACUCCAACUGUUCUGUCCUCAAAGGCUGUUGGGGAAAUGCAAAAGGAGAAAUGUAAAAGAAAACUGUAGCUGCUGGCUUGGGCUUUCACUAAAGGUCUUACACCCCCAGCCAGGUGCCAUGGUCAAGCAAAUAUUAUCUACUGUGGCUUUGCAGUCACAUCCGCCUGCUCCCUCAGCACUUGUAGGCACACCCAUCAGGGCCCACCGUACAGUUUGCUCAGCUGACCUGAUCCUCUUACAGCAAAGAUGCAUCCUUCUUGCUCCAGCCCUUCAGACUGGCCUCUGGGACCAAGAAUUCCUGAGGGUCAGUCUUGCUGCUAAAGACUGAGGCGAAGAAAGUAACUUUCUCCCUGUGUGAGAAGGCUCUGCUUCAGCAAUGGGCUCAUGUCUUCCUCAGUUUACCUUCUGUAACAGACGUACUGUGACAAGCUCUUCUUGCCUUCCCUUGUUAGAUUCAACUCCAGAUGGGUUUUAGCUUUCCUAACUGCAGCCCUGGAUGCUCUGUGCUCCUCCCAUCUUACCUGUCCUUACUUCCACACCCUGGGUACUUCUUUCUUAUGUCUGAGUCUGGCCACAUGCUCCUUGCUUAUCCAUGCAGACCUGACAUUUUUCCCUUCUCCUGGGGAUGCAGUGCUCUUAGAGGAGAUGACCUUGAUUACUGAUAACAUUAUUGUUCCUCUCAUUCCUCCAAGGCUUCAUCCCACAUCACUUUACCAAGAAACUCCUUGAAAAGCCAGGUCCUGGGCUGCGAGCUUUCUGUGCACUCUCCUCACCCCCUAAAGGAUCAUGAACUCCACCACUUCAUGAUCACUACAACCAAGGCUGCCUUUGACCUUUACAUCCCCAAGGAGCCCUACAGUGGCCACACGCAGCACCUCUGCUGACAGCCCAGCUCAUGAUGAGACUCUGACAGCUCUCUGCCUCCAGCUCACACUGCUUGAGGCUCAGGAGAGCUGGACUCCACUUUGGGGGCCUGUCUCCUCUUCCCUGUGUCUGGCCCUUCAUCCAUUGCCCCUGCCCUCACCAGGGGUGUUUCUCCGUUGCUGUAGUGCAAGGACCAGCUUGUUGCUGUUGCAGGAGGCUUCAGGGUCUCUGCACACCCCAGUAUCACACAUGACACGCAUACGGGCCCCAUCUCGCUCACUAGCUGUUGUCUUCUCAUAAGCAAUAUUCACUCACAGCUAACACCGCCUGCCUGAUCCCUCCUUCAGCCCUCCCACCCCGAAGAGCAAAGCCACUUAUUAGUGCAGAAAGGAAGGAUAAUUGUUCCCAUCCAUAUCAGCAGAGCGGUUUUUUCAUGCUUUGUUACCUCUAGAGCUAAACUUCCAUUAGCAAGACUAAGUUCUGUUACUUUCACAGGUCAGCCUCGGUCUUUCCAGAAGCAAAGCAUGCAGGUAGUUUGUUCUGCAGUGGCUGACUGUAAGUAAGUGUUCUUCAAAGGCAAGGCUCACAUUAUCCGCAUUCUUCCCACUCUGCUGAGGUCUGUGCUAAGCAGUGACUGAGUAUAAAGGCUGCUACCAGCACCCAUCAUCGCUUACUGCAAACGGCACUUCAGGCUCCAACUGGAAACUUGAUCAAGAACCGUGUGUUGUGUCUGUUUCAGUAAUUCAGUACCAAAGAAAGGCAAAACAAGCACUUUUGUUUUAUAUAAGCCUUUAUUUACAACUUGUUUAACAACUGUACACUCUUCUGUACCCUUGGAAGCAUUAGUGUAUUUGACUGGGAAAAAAUAUUAAACCUUUUGAUUCUAAUGACCAUUACCGAGUAUUUUUUUGUCUAUGUACAGAUUUGUAUAUUAAUACUGCUACCAUGACAAUCUGGUAGUUACACAACUCAUAGAUGAACAGAAAUGGGAAAUUUAUGUUUUGACACUCUAUAAAUCCAAUACUUUACAGAAAAUAUAUCACUGUCAACUUCACAAACAGUUACUUUGAUAAUUGGUCAACACUUAAUUUGGGACUGUCAAACAAGCUGCUAUGAAGGAAGUAGAAGAGUUUCUACGCAGCAUAAAUGAAGUUAGUACACCAGAGACAUGCUGGAGGUCACGCAGAGACGUGGCACUUUGCCGCCGCUUCAGUGAACUCAAACACGCUUUGUCAAGCUAAACACAAUUACAUAUAAAUGUCUUCAGGCUCAAGAACAACUGAUAUGUAGUUUCUAACUGCACAGACCACAUGGAGAAAUGAGGUACAGCUCAGCUUCAGCUUGGGAUGCCCUUGCAGGCAGGUGUGACAAACAGCUAUCCCCGCACACCCUGUACAGGGCCACCCCGGGCCCGCACCCAGCUCGGCCUGGAGAAGGGUGCUCCCAGCUGAAGCCGUGCUGGCAAUGGGAAACAAACUAUGCCUCACACACAACAGAAAGGAGGUUUUUCUAUAAAGCUUGCCCUGACACAGAGCGAGGGAUCGAUGGCUAGGACCUGGAGAGAUGAAAACCCUUUAGCUCUGCUAGGCUCAGUCCGAUGGAAGUGCUGCUGGCACUGCUGCAGGAACGUGUGACACGUCACGGCCCUGAUCUGUCCUGCAGCUCACAUCAGACGUCACUGCCCCAGGUCCCGUGGACCCGGAAAGACAUAUCCCCAUGUGGGAGUCCUGACGGGCUGCUGUCAGCCGCAGGCUCCCUGUCUGCUAUGGUGUCUGGCUCGGUGUCCAGAAGGGAACCCAGCACACGCUUCUCGCUGGGAUCCUCACACUGGCCCUCUGACUCCUGCAGGUCCUGCUGCAGCCCAACCUGCCCUCCCCUGCUGAGGUGGCACGGGGACGGGCUCCUCCUGUUCUCCAGCUCUCUGCUGCAGCAGGCACAGUGCCUGAGGGCCGAGCACCUCUGGUGUCCCAGCACAGGGGUCAGUGAGGGCUGAGCACCUCUGGUGUCCCAACGCGAGGGCGCAGCCUUUCAAGGCCCCAGGUGCCUGCAGGGAGCGACGGGCGCACCGUGUCUCCAAUAUAGGGUGCUCUGGUGGAAAACAGGGCUCACUGAUACACUACUGCCUGAACAACAAGCAAAACUACUCCUGGAGUAAGCUCAUGCAUAUAUUUUUGCAGGAUUAAGAUCCAAGUGAGCAAGAAUGGGGUUUCUCAAGAACUGGACUUCAACCGAACAAACUUAUGGUUUUCUUCGUUCGGAUUCAUUUUGGAUGUUGUGGAGGGCCCUAUGGCCUCCUCCGACCUGUUACAUGCUAACUGCUACACAACAAACACCCUAACUUACACCACAACAGUACUCCCUUGCCUUCUGGAUCUUGCCAGUACUGGGCAUCCAGCACGGAACAAAGAUACAGUAGUACAAAUGUGCAGAUAUUUAAAAAUAUUAAAUAAGCAGCUUUUAAAAAUUAGUAAAGGCAGCACGAAGCAUUUUGAGUUAUACUGUCUAAAUAUUGCAAAAAUCUUAUAGCUAAACUUCGUAAUACAAAGGAACAGCCAAACUAGUGCAACUGGAAAUGAAAUAGCUAAGACUGCAAUAAUGAGAGAAAAAAGAAAUAGUACAGGGAAAAUAUAAACAACCCAAAUUAUAAACUGUCAAGGACAAUCUGCAUAAUACUGAAAGUGUGGCCAGCUUUCACGUUUAUCCCCAUUCGCGUACUUUCCUUGGAUUGUUUAACAAUUGUACACAGAGUGGAAGGAAAAAGUUUCUGAAAGAAAGAGACGACACAGCUAAAAUAUAUAGAGAAAAAUACAACAGCCAUAAUCUACUGCGUAUGUACAUAGUAAGGAAGCAGGCAGUGUCUGUGAACAAAGGACUGCACAGUCGUUUGCCUGUCCCAGAGUUUAUCUGCAGAACCUUGCUCGGCUUCCUAAGAAAGAUGGGCUGGCCAGGCAGCCGCUCCUCCUAGUAACACACCUCCUUGACUUCAUUUUUAACUUAUUUAAAGAUUCAAGGUAUAUCCUUUAAGGGUGCAGGUGCUUUGAAGUUUUAAGAGUCACCAAAAGGCAUUUUUAAGAACUCGUUAAGACCAGAUUUUUCUAGUUCAGAAUAUGCAAAUGUUGCAGGAAGUCUGUGUGUUAAUGCUGUUAAUCGAUCAGAAUUAAAUGGACAGACAGAAGUAAAUGUAGAGCAGACAGUGCUCUGUCAGUUUGCAGAACGCCUCCUGUAGAGUUCUGAAUACUGGAUUUCUGCUCUUUUAGCCCCAUAGGAGACUUUUUGUGAAGAGAAAGAGUAAAUGGAAGCGGAAAAUGGGAAAGCCACUUCCCAGGAUGGCAAGCUUCUCUGCAAGUAGAUCUCCCUUUGAAAUCAGAUGCCCGUAAGUGUAGAACUGGUUAAGUUUUGGUUAUGCAGUCUGGACAGAAAAGCAAGUAAUGCACUGCACAGUCCCUGUUAUAAUAAUGCUGCAGGUCAUGCAACCACAUCACUGCAAAUAAAAGAAUAAAGAAGAAAAGUUAAAAAGCAGAUAACAUCAUCAUUAAAAAAAAAAAAGACAACAGAGAA